UAAAAGACUCUUGCUCCUAUUAUCUCAUGUUCCAUUGUUUGUUGAUUUCAAUUUGAAAUAUUAGUUUCUUUCUUCUUCCCUUCAUUCCUUCAACUUUUAUACCAUUUUCCUGUUAUCUAUUGAUUUGAAAGUUUUAAUUUUUAAGAGGCGGUGAUGACAAAAAACAUUUCUCGAUGCUGAAACUUACUCGAGAGACCAAAUCACUCUUGUAAUCUUUCGUGAUGCUUGUUUUUAUGCGUGUCUGAGCCUAAACCAAAAAAUCUUUCAUUUAUGCUUUGAUUAUCAUAGAUCCCAAUUUAUGCGUUUCUUUUAUUGCUUUUCAAUUUGUAAUGCGAGUUUUGCUUUAUUUUGUCCAGCCAUGGAAGAAGCAGAUCAGUUAUGUUUAGCUGCUAAAUCCGGCGACUUGAAAAAGGUUCAAACUUUAAUUUACUCCGGCGCCGACGUUACUCACUUUGAUAACGACGGUUUAACGCCGUUAAUGCACGCCGCUAAAAUCGGAAACGCAGAGAUAGUAACGGCGUUACUCGAAUCCGGAGCUCCAUGGAACGCAUUAUCUCCAUCAAAUCUCUCAGCAGGAGAUUUCGCCAUGGAAGCAGGACAUCAAGAAACUUUCGAUCUUCUUCUCAAAACCGGGAUCCAAUCAGAGCUAAUCUUAGGAACAAUCGCAAGAAACCAAACAAAGAACGAAUAUUCUAAUCAAGAAUAUCUUCAAGACAGAGUUAGUUUCAGUGAAGACAAGUUAAUGGAUAGUGAAAGCAAAGGUGUGAUGAUGGCUUGGGAAAAACCAUUAAUGGAAGCUCACGCUAAAGCUAUUUGUCUCAACGGUGGUCACAUUCUUAACGUUGGUUUCGGUAUGGGACUUGUCGAUACAGCGAUUCAACGAUACAAUCCGGUUAAACACACGAUCAUUGAAGCUCAUCCUGAAGUUUAUAAGCGUAUGAUUGAAUCUGGUUGGGGAGAGAAAGAGAAUGUGAAGAUUGUUUUUGGAAGAUGGCAAGAUGUUCUUGAUAAGCUUGAUGAUAAUUCUUUUGAUGGGAUCUUUUUUGAUACUUAUGGUGAGUAUUAUGAAGAUUUAAGAGAGUUUCAUCAGCAUCUUCCGAGGCUGUUGAAGCCUGAUGGUGUUUAUUCGUAUUUCAAUGGGUUUUGUGGAAGCAACGCGUUUUUUCAUGUUGUGUAUUGCAAUUUGGUGACUUUGGAGAUUGAGAAUUUAGGGUUUAGCACUCAGUUGAUUCCAUUGCCGGUUAAGGAUUGUCUUGGGGAUGAAGUUUGGGAAGGUGUCAAGCAAAAGUAUUGGCAGCUUGAUACUUAUUAUCUCCCUGUUUGUCAGUUUAGUGACUGAAGAAGUUUUAUGAUACCAGCAAUUUUGCGAUAUUGUAAUUUUUCUUACUCAUAAAAAGUAGAUUUUUUAUCCAUUUGAAAAUAGUCAUAGUCAUCCAAUAAGAAGAAAAGAAC